AUGGCACUUCCUAAACGCAUCAUCAAGGAAACAGAGCGCUUACUCGCCGAGCCUGCACCUGGCAUUAGUGCUACUCCUCAUGAAGACAAUUUGCGUUACUUUGACGUCGUCAUUGCCGGACCCACCCAAUCACCAUUUGAAGGUGGUGUGUUUCGCUUGGAGCUAUUCCUUCCAGAAGAUUACCCCAUGGCUCCUCCCAAGGUGCGCUUCUUGACCAAGAUCUACCAUCCUAAUAUCGAUAAGCUUGGCCGAAUCUGCUUGGAUAUCCUCAAAGAUAAAUGGUCACCUGCUCUCCAAAUCCGGACGGUGCUCUUGUCGAUCCAAGCACUGCUAUCAGCCCCUAAUCCUGAUGAUCCUUUAGCCAAUGAUGUCGCUCAACAUUGGAAAGAGAAUGAUGAAGCCGCUAUUGCAACAGCACGCGAAUGGACUAGGAUGUAUGCACAAAACUAA